AGUGUUCAGUAGUGUUAAGUCCAUUCACAUCGCUGUGCAGCCAUCACCACCAUCCAUCUCCAGAACUCUUCUCAUCUUGCCAAACUGAAGCUCUGUCCCCAGAAAAUAGCAUCUCCGUUUUCCCUCCCACAACUCACCAUUCCAUGGUCUGUUGUUAUGAGUCUGGCUACUCAAACUACCUUUUAUAAGUGCAAUCGAUGGUACCUGUGUUUUUAUGUCGGGCCCAAACCACUGAGCGUGAUGUCCUCACGGUCCAUCCAGGUUGUACCAAGUGUCAGAAUUUCCUUCCUCUUUUCUGUUGACUCCCUGCUUUUAAAGGCCAUCUUGGACAUUCAAAUUGUGGCCAUUACUGACAGUUAAAAUGGCCCCGGCUCAUGACUCCUGAGCCUCUACAAUACUUUAGGUGGGGACAGUACUGUGGCCCACACGUCCCCACAGGCUGCGUGUGGCACCUGACAGUGCUUUGUGCCACUGUGGAGCAGGUGUCACUCUCCCACUUCUCAGAGAGGACGCCGGGCUCUGGAAGCCACCAGCCCACAAGGAGGCCCAGCAGGCUUCGGGCCCAGGUGGGGAGGUCUGCACAUCUCAGGGCCUUUCCCUGGGAACAACCAGGGACAGAGGCCACACACCCAGCCUCCUCUCUGCUCACAGUGAAUUGAGACACAACCCCUUACGUCCCUCCCAGCCUUAAGUCAAGUGGAAAGCAAUGGCCCCUGAUGUCAGUUAGUCCCUCUUGCCAGUUUACAAGUGCUGAAUCAGAGACUCUGAGCUUCGGCCCUUUCCCGAGGUCCCGGGAUUAUGAGCUGACACCGCCCCCAAGCAACCACAGUGAUUCCAGCCUGGGAGUGUGGCCUUGGCGGGAGGGUCGACGCCCAGUCAUGGUUCAGCGGCUGUGCAUACCCCCUGCUUACCUGCAUCCCACGCUUUCCAUGCAAACUCACGUGACAGCGCUUUGUGCUUGCAGGAUGGCCUACCCCCAGCCAAAGGUGCUGACACCCUGUAGGAAGGACGUCCUUGUGGUGACCCCUUGGCUGGCUCCCAUUGUCUGGGAGGGCACGUUCAACAUCGACAUCCUCAAUGAGCAGUUCAGGCUCCAGAACACCACCAUUGGGUUAACUGUGUUUGCCAUCAAAAAAUACGUGGUCUUCCUGAAGCUGUUCCUGGAGACGGCGGAGAAGCACUUCAUGGUGGGCCACCGUGUCCGCUAUUAUGUCUUCACCGACCAGCCGGCCGCGGUGCCGCGCGUGACGCUGGGGAGCGGUCGGCAGCUGUCGGUGCUGGAGGUGCGCGCCCACAAGCGCUGGCAGGACGUGUCCAUGCGCCGCAUGGAGAUGAUCAGUGACUUCUGCGAGCGGCGCUUCCUCAGCGAGGUGGAUUACCUGGUGUGCGCGGACGUGGAUAUGGAGUUCCGCGACCACGUGGGCGUGGAGAUCCUGACUCCGCUGUUCGGCACCCUGCACCCCGGCUUCUACGGAAGCAGCCGGGAGGCCUUCACCUACGAGCGCCGGCCCCAGUCCCAGGCCUACAUCCCCAAGGACGAGGGCGAUUUCUACUACCUGGGGGGGUUCUUUGGGGGGUCAGUGCACGAGGUGCAGCGGCUCACCAGGGCCUGCCACCAGGCCAUGAUGGUCGACCAGGCCAACGGCAUCGAGGCCGUGUGGCACGACGAGAGCCACCUGAACAAGUACCUGCUGCGCCACAAACCCACCAAGGUGCUCUCCCCCGAGUACUUGUGGGACCAGCAGCUGCUGGGCUGGCCCGCCGUCCUGAGGAAGCUGAGGUUCACUGCGGUGCCCAAGAACCACCAGGCGAUCCGGAACCCGUGAGCGGCUGCCAGGGGCUCUGGGAGGGCUGUCGGCAGCCCCGUCCCCCUCCCGCCCUUGGUUUUAGCAGAACGGGUAAACUCUGCUUCCUUUGUCCAUCCCGUUGUGUCCUCUCUGUGCAUGUCUGUGUGUCUAUAUGUCUGUGUCUUUGUAUCUGUGUCUGUGUGUC